AAAGCUUAUACACUGACUGAACAAGAAGGUUUCUUUGGCUACUUUCUUCCAUGCAUUUCUCUUCUUCACAUCCAACAUCACUUUCUAUGUUAUUGUACAUUUGUACUCUCUCUUACUCUAAGACUUCCUCUCUUUUUUCUUCUUUUCCUUGUGGUCCAUCCCCUCCUUUAAAGCUUGUCCGUUAUCACUUUUUUCCCUAAUCCUUUUCUAGCUACUAUAACACCAUGCUUACUUCUUUUUAAUUUCUUCAUCCUUCCAAGUUCAUUCCCACUACGUAAUAGCUUUCACUUUGCUCCAAACAAACAAAGAAGGAAAAAAGAUAAGAGGAGCCAACUACACAAAAUUUGAAAAGGAAUUUUCUUACAUUUAUUUGAAGCAUGUCAAGCAGAAGGUCCAGAGAUUCGGGGUCUUCGAGGAUUUCAGAUGAUCAGAUGAUCGAACUCGUAUCCAAAUUGCAACAACUUCUACCUGAGAUUCGAACUCGCCGUUCCAGCAAGGCAUCAGCAUCAAAGGUGCUCCAAGAGACUUGCAACUACAUUAGAAGCUUGAACAGAGAAAUGGAUGACCUCAGUGAUCGACUCUCUCAGUUACUAUCCACUGUAGAUGCUGACAGUCCAGAAGCUGCAAUUAUCCGCAGUUUGAUAAUAUGAUUAAUUAUUUUGAUUUAUAUAUUACAAGUAUUCUACUAACUAGUUGAGAGAGUUAGUCAUGAGUGGUUUUAUAUGCAGACUUUGAAUGACGUAGGAGCAUCUACUAGGUACAAGAUGUCAAAAUAAAAAUUGAUGUCACGUUUAAUGGGCCGUCUAUGUAUUUAGCCUUGUUUUUUCCUCCUCUAGGUUCUAUUAGUCACUAGCUAGGCCAAUCAUGAGUUAGAUGAAAUGUAAGUAUAGGAUCCAACGGACUCUUGCUUGUAAUUACGUUUUCUCACUAUAAUUAAUAAGAUGGACUAGUACUUUCGAAGUUA